AGGAAGAUUUGGGCACUUCAAAACUCUUACAAAUGUGACUCUACAAAUUUUGUUUUUGCGAGCUGAUCAUUACAUAAUCGUUCAUUUUGACGUCACAUGAUAAGACUUCAUUUAUCGGCUGUGCAAAGAGAAGGCAUCAAGGCUGAGUCGUGUGUUAAAAUUAGCGUUAAAAGUACCACUGUUUAAUUUUCGUAAUCGUCUCUCGGAACAAAACAGAACGCUGCAGACGUGCUGGGCCGCGCCGACUAUCGAAAAGUGCUGAUAACGAUAAAGAAGAUGCUCUGUCGAGUCACCCUAACCGAGACGAGGAGACAAAGGUCGCACGAUGAUAAUGAGAGGAUAAAAGUUCGAGGGAUGACAACGGCGCAUCAUUGUUAGAGAGAAAGAGAGAGACACAGGAGAGAGAGACGAUCGAUGGUGUCGUGCCGGAGAGCACGCGCACGUGCUGCGCAUCGCAUCGCAUCGCAUGGCAUCGCCUGGCAUCACCCGGUCCAUAUACCGACGUCCUCCCGAUCCCGUAGAGGCCGAUUCCGAAUUCGUCGAGACUCGCGCGCAUCAUCGUCCAGGCCUCGUCAAUAUCCGCGCGCGGCGCGGGGAAAGAGAAUUGCCACAGGAGUCUGAAGUGACUCUUGUAUAUUUGAAGAAGAACAUUCUUCAAGCUGUACGUCAACUAUUUGGUGAGGAAGGAACUAAAAGUACAAUAGAUAUUCUGAAGUUCACCCCAGCAACAGGAAGAUUUAUUUUGCGUUGCUCAUCUGAUAACUGUGUAAGAUUGAGAGCUGCUCUGACUGUUGCUACCAAGUACGAAGGCCAAACGUGCCUGUAUACAGUUCAUCGAGUGUCACCAAACUUACUGUCGUUCACUGCUGACAGUAGAACGUACCAACACUGAAUUAAAUUUGUGCAUUAUUAAAAAAGGACACGCCUAUC